AAAAACUCAACACUGAUGAUUGGUUCGCUCUUGGCAUUUUAUUCCCUAUUCUCAUACGCAAUGGCCGCCAACAAGGAACGCACUUUCAUCAUGGUGAAGCCCGAUGGAGUCCAAAGAGGACUUGUCGGCAAAAUCAUCGAGCGUUUUGAGCAGAAGGGCUUCAAAUUGGUAGCAAUGAAGUUCAUGUGGGCUCAAAAAGAAUUGUUGGAGAAGCAUUAUGCUGAUCUGUCUGCCCGUCCCUUCUUCCCCGGUUUGGUCAACUACAUGAGCUCCGGUCCAGUGGUUCCCAUGGUGUGGGAGGGUUUAAAUGUGGUCAAGACCGGCCGUCAAAUGUUGGGCGCUACCAACCCAGCUGACUCCUUGCCCGGCACCAUCCGUGGUGAUUUCUGUAUUCAAGUCGGCCGCAAUAUCAUCCACGGCUCCGACGCUGUUGAAUCAGCCGAAAAGGAGAUCGCUCUCUGGUUCAACGAAAAGGAGCUUGUCACCUGGACCCCAGCAGCCAAGGACUGGAUUUACGAAUAGAUUCCAAAUGCAAUCUGUUUGCUACUCACUAGGGCCUAAUGCAGUUCUUUUAAAGAAUAAAAAUUCCACAUUAUAUA